GGCUGCCAGCACCUUCACGCUGCCAUAUAAAAAAUUAAGGACCACCCGACCGGCGCGAUGGACCCGCGGAGGUUGGUCAGGUGGUUGGAUGUCGGGGCAUGUAUACUUUUGUACAUGACGGUCGGGCCCGCCCUCAUCCUCGUCAAUAAACAAAUCCUGACGACGUACGGCUUCGGCUACCCCAUGUUGGUGAGCGGUUUAGGACAGGCAUCGUCCGCCAUCGGCGCGACCUUCGUCGUGAAAAUCAUGAAGUGGCAGCCGUUGUCGGACCAGGCCCAAAAAAUGACGUGGAGUUUCUACCGACGGAACAUGGUGGUCGUCGGCGCGGCCUUCGCCGCUUCCUUAUGUUUCGGCAACGCGGGCUACAUGUACCUGACCGUGUCCUUCGUGCAGAUGCUGAAGGCGUUCACGCCGUGUGUCGUGGUGGCGAUGCUUUACGUUACUGGAGUAGAUUCGCCGUCGCAGAAAGUCUCAUUGAGCGUGCUAGGCAUGUCUUUGGGGACGGUAGUAGCUUCUCUAGGUGAAGCGAACUUCAAUUUACUCGGAUUCUUGAUCAUGUGCUGUGCGGAGACUGCAGAGGCUACAAGGUUAGUACUCACACAACGCCUAUUGUGCAAUUUGAGGUUCGGGGCCUUUGAAGGCUUGUAUCUCAUGGCGCCGAUCUGUGCGCUCUGGAUGUGGGGCCUGGCCUGCUUUCUCGAGGUGCCUCGCGUGAUGGCGAAGGGCGACUUCCAACGCAUCCGGGACCACUUCCCGAUCUUCUGUUUCGCGGCGUUGCUCGGUUUCGCCGUGAACGUGGCGUCCUUCCUCGUUAUUAAGCGGACUUCCAGUGUUAUGGUCAAAUUGUUAGGAACAGCGCGGAACGCGGGGCUGGUCCUCUUCUCGGCUUUGGCGAUGGGCGAGGAGGUCACGGGCCAGCAGGCGCUCGGCUACACGAUCUGCCUCCUCUUCUUCGGCUGCUACAACUACUACAAGCUCACGGAGACGAAGGCGGUGCCUUCCCAAAGCGCGGCGGACGCCGAGGCGGGCGAGGCCGGCGAGGAGCUGCUGCGGGGCGCGGGGAAGAAGUAGGUCGUGUCCUCCCCCGGUUGUCUAAUCGCGUCGUACAUACUUAUGUUAGCGCC